UAUGUUUAUUGCAUACAUGGAACCAAGCGAAGUGAGAAGAGACAGAAAGAAAAAUACACAGAACCGAUUUGUGAAUCAUUACUGUGCGCUGAAUGGUAACAUCGUUCGUUUUGGCUAAUACGAAAGUGUGUAUAAUUGACAUUUAUUGUUGUGUAUUUACUGUCCAACUUCCUUGUAUCAAAUUGCCAGACGUGAAACACACAUCAGACGUACAUUGUCACAUUGAAUUGGAAAACAUCUGAUAAAACAUCAUCUGAGUCAUUUGAAAUAAGCAUAAACAAGGAAGUGUUUGAAGGAAGAAACAAAAGAAACAUCAAAAUGAGUGACGCGAUUUGUGACAUCAGCCCCGAAGUAAAAGACGAAUUGCGUAAAUUUCGUUUCCGCAAAGACAAUGCAAAUUGUGCAUUGAUUUUAAAAGUGGAUCGCGAAAAGCAAUUGGUGUGCGUUGAUGAGCUGCUCGACGAAAUUUCGGUGGAUGAAUUGCAAGAACAGUUACCUGGCCAUCAGCCACGCUACAUCGUCUACAGCUAUAAAAUGGUUCACGACGAUAAACGCAUUUCGUAUCCAAUGUGUUUCAUUUUUUACACACCACGUGACAGUCAAAUGGAGCUGCAAAUUAUGUAUGCGGGUUCAAAACGGGCUCUGCAGCGUGAAGCUGAUUUAACACGAGUCUAUGAAGUUCGUGAAUUGGAUGAGUUAACCGAAGAUUGGUUGCGUGAGAAAUUGCAACGCUAAAUUUACCAAACGACCAAUAUAUACAUAUACGUACUAUUUUGCACAAAUCGACAACAAAACAUUUGAUUAGAGAAAAAAAAGCAAUUCCGUCACGGUUUGUUGAUUUCGUUUUUAUUUGUUGUGAUGAGAUGGUCAUGGCCUAUUUUUAUCAGAUAAUUAUUUCGUUUGGAAUGCGAAAACUUGAUUAACCAAUACAAUGUGACAAUGCCUAACUAAAUCAGAAAACUAAAAUAGAUUUACAAAUAUCUCCCAUAACAGUCCCAUGACAACACAAUGAGACAUUUUAAUCGAGGCACGCAUUUAUAUCAGAAACUAAAAUGACAUUCUUUAAAUUUACAAAACGACACAUGGUUACUUAGACUUGUAAACUUACUCUUUACACACACAUUUGGUGUUCAUAGAAUUUACAUUUUAUAAAACAUGAUUGUUAGAGUAGUUUGUAGACAAUUUUUUGUUUAAAAUUUAAUUGCCCCAUUUUUCUUCGAGUAUUUUGCGAUAUUUUGUGAUUUUCAUAUGGAAUGAUAUGAAAUUAAUGAUUCGAUUGAUUAUUAAAAAUGUGUUCCAAUUUCGUCAAAUAACACGCACAAAGCUUCCAAAAAUUUCCAUAAUUCAAGAGACUUGCGUCCAAAUGUGCGAAAUUUAAAAACCCCAUUCCGUAACGGCAAUAGAAUUUCAAUUUAGUAGCAAGCACAGAUAAGAAAAUGAUGUCAUAAUAGUGAAAUCUCCCGGAGAAAACCUGUUUUCGCCGAAGAUUGUGCUAUUUGAUGUUUUUUUUCUAUUAUAGAAAACACAGUAGAUUGCUUUUGUAUUCGACGGGGUAAUUACAGAAAAUGCAUUUUAAUUAUGAAGUAUUCCAUUCGGAUAUUAUGUUUUCCAAGUGGCAAACGCCAAAAUAUUGACGACAAUUUUUUAUUUACAUAAAAAAAACUAUUCUUUAUACAAAAUGAGACUGGCUGCAAACUUGCCAGUUUUUUUAUAAUAACAUAUUCAUUCACUGUACGAUUAAGACAUGUUCAAUCGUAAGAUAUGAAACAAAAACUCAGGGAAAUUCCACAAAACGAGAAAACAAAACAAAUUAAAUUGAAAUAAAAACCAUUUAAGUCAAUAUGUAAAAGGUCUAAAUUGGAACGGAUCUAAUUCUAAAUUUAAAGAAACGAAAAUAUUAUAUGCUCAAGUUUUACAUGACCUAUUUUUAUGAGAACAACAAGAAAAAAAGAAAGGAAUUUCCCACACAAAUGUUCAUUGAGAUAUUAUUUCUUUACCACAUUAAAAUCAAAACCAAAAAUGCUAUUUUUUACCUUAAUAUUUAACGUUUAUUCCGCGUUUUUUCUCUCUUUUUGUAAUUAAUUACGUACAAAUCAAUCAAAAUCUUUGAAUUUUUAAAUGCAUUUUCGUUUAUUUAAUAAUAAAGAAAGAUACAUUUUUACAUAUAUUAAGUAGAAGAGUAGAAGAGGUUCGAUGUUGAAUAAAAUAAUAGAGAACACAA